UACGCAAUUGGCGACAUCUCGUCAGCUGCACUAACUGCGCGGAGCGGCUCCAUCCUCAGUACCCGAUCUCAAUCCGGAGGAUGCUCACGCUUGAGAAGGAGAGAAUCCAAACCGAGGCAAGGAGAACGCUCCUCCAGAUCGAGAUCCCGGUCUCGCUCCCAGUCCGUCAAGUGGGCCACGUGGGCCGACAAGGUCAAGGGAGCGACGCAGCAGUCUGGGAAGAAGAACGCAUCAAGCAAAGAAACGAAAGAUCAUCGACUUUCUUCAAUAAGUUCUUACAGUCUCUGUAAAGCCAGUCAGCCGCCGGAAAUUGACCACACGCGCCGUUACCCUACUAACCCUUUCAACCUAACGCGCCGAAGAUGACAAGGCAGCCUCUGACAAAGACCGGACACUGCGACUGAACUUGCUGUCGACAUGCGAUAUCUGCCGACUGAUGCAAGGAUAGCAUUCCUCGUGAUCUCAACCAUAAUGACACUUACAAUGUUGGCUUAUGUCAAGAUCCAAAUAUAUCUAAAUGGCGAAGAUAUUAUGAAGCCCAAGCACCGAACUCAGCCACCUGAGUUUGGCAGCAGAACUUUCGGGGAGCACCGAUACGUGAACUUAAGUAAUAUCACCGUUCAUUACAUGACCAAGGGAUGCGAUGACGUCGAUGGAAACCGCACCAUGUUGCUGUUGUUGCAUGGAUUCCCAGAUUUUUGGUUCAUCUGGAACAGGCAGAUACCACAGCUGAGCACUCACUUCUGCGUCGUCGUGCCAGACUUACGGGGUUGCGGUAACACCACACGGCCCGCACAUCCUUCGGAGUACUUCAUAACGAAUCUUAUCCAAGACGCACGAGAAUUCAUUGCAACUGUAAAUCCCAACAACUCGAGGCAGUUGGUUUUCGUCGGGCAUGGCUGGGGAGGCAUGAUCGGCUUCUGCUUCGUUACACUGCACGGGAACUUAGUACACCGCAUGAUCGUCAUCAACGGCUACCACCCGUUAGCCUUUGUCAAGCAGCUACAGCGAAGCCUCAUUCAGAUGAUGAUGUCCUGGUACACCGUCGCGUUCCGAGUUCCUUCUGUACCCGAGCAGUACAUGACCAUCAAGGACUUCGCGUUUUUCGACUACGUACUCUGGGAUUCCUCAACAGCCGAAGAAGUGAAUGCAACCAAAUACGUCUAUUCUAAGCCUGGAGCGUUGACGGGUGUACUGAACUACUACCGCGCCUUCAACUACGACAGCGAGCAGCUGAUGAAGCUGGAAUACCGCAAGAUCGACGUGCCGACCCUCAUCCUGUGGAGCGAGAAAGACCGCUACAUGACGACGCCCAUAGCCGAGUUCAACCGAGAGCACCUGAGGACGUCCUCGGUUAUUUACUAUCCGGACGGUGGCCACUGGCUAAUGCGGCAAUGUGCUGACAACGUGAACAGACGUAUCAUCGAAUUUGCAUCUGCGGGAAAGAUCGCCUUUAGCAACAACGUGGCCCCGUCGCAAGUGCCAUUGCAAGAAGCCAAGUGCGCAGAAUCGCCAAAGCCGUCCAAAAAGAGCUGAGUAUUUUAGGCGACUUCACAUUUUGUCGUUUCUAACCUCAUCACGACCGCUCAGUUUAUGAGGAGCAGUGUUGUUAUAUUCACAAGAACACUUAUUACACUUACACUUCAUCCCGUAGGAGGCGCGUGAAUUCAUGAUCAGCUACUUUUUGAAGACAAGGUCUUCUUUGCUGACUGCAUACGGGUUUGGCCUAUCUACGUUCUCGGUAUAUGUCUAUGCAACCUCUAAACAAAACGGUAAUUUUGCUUCUUUAGAACGUCGUAGCGAGUCGUAAAAGGAAUGAAUAUGUAAAUCUCAACGAGACAAGAAGCAAGAAAUAGUCGAUAAUUUCGCGAGAUAACCAGUGAGGGUGUAAUUAACGCCCAUGUAGUCUAAUAUUACCCAAAUUGCACAAUACACUGCGUAUCGUCGGUAUCGGCCUACCUGGCGUCCUUGUAAAAAAAGAAGAAAGGCAUGUCAACCAAAAUUGCCAUGAAUGAAGAGAAAGCGAUGUGCAUGCGCAUGAAAAAGCGAAUAAAAAACGUAAAUGACAUGAAACAGACAGUUUGGAGUAAAAUAUAAGGUCUGAUAGGGGAACGCAAGAAUAAUCUAAAUAAUGCAAGAAUACUACGAAGUUAGGCCACAUUGCAUCAUCUUUAGUGCCUUAAAUUUCAGUACAUAUAAAUGCAUGUAGCACGUACAUCGGCCUUGUAUUCAUGCAUGUCGAUUUUGGCUGUCACGCCUUUUUAUCUGCAGCACAUAUGUCAGUGCAGUCACACCACUAAGCUUUUUGCCGAUACAGGGUUGCGAUGAAAACUUUGAUACGAAGAGACGUGGAGUACAUAAACUUUAGUAGACCUUACAUUAAUUACAGGCGUGUUCCAGGCCACCUAUUUUCAAUCCUUUAUGCAAACUUUCAUGAAAAUCGCGGUGAGCUCAAGAAUAUGUGCACCGAUUUCUCUGAAAGUUUUCCACCCUAUGGCCAAACGAAAGAGUGAGUUAACGACACACCCAAGGAGGUAAUGAGCCUGCCUAUUCCUUCAAUGCGAGGUCGCGCAUCUUAAAGCACAUCGAAGCAAUAUAACGAAAAAGGGCGGAUAUUGAAUCACGUGGGACAGUCUUUCCUUCUACGCUGCAAUAAGUAGUUUUGAUAUCACCCAUUUUGGAGCGAUAUAUCUUCUUUUCGAGCCGGCUGCAAAUGACAUGUCUGUUACGUGAAUUCUAACCAUGGCAGUCUCGAGUACUGCGUACGCUUGUUAUGUGCAGCGGACUGAACAUCCGGACGCACGUGCAUACUCUCGCUAUUCCAAAAAAAUUGAGCUGUUGACUUCAUUCCACAUAUCACCUCUCAGCGAAUCAUGAGGUAGGUGAUUCCUAAAUGAAUAGAGUAAGUGUUACAGACACAGCAUUCAAUAUAAUUCCCUCUCUACUUCAUUCUUGUGUACAUAGAAACAUUGCCUUGUGGGAAUGCUUGUGCCGAAAGCGGAAAAGAAAGCCUAUUGCAUUUGGGCGAGGGGUGUCACCUGCCUGUUCGGUCAAGUGCUCCUGGUAAGGUAGUUUGCUGCCCUUGGCUAGGCCUAAUAAAUAAAUUUUUCGCACUUCUAACGGUUAUACUACGUGCCAUUAUUUAUGCUUGGAGACGUGAAAUUCGAGAAGCAUCACCACAGAGGCCGGCAGACGUGUCUCAAACGAGUAUAUCGUUACUUAUUUCGAAAUAAAAAUCAGAACUGCACUCUUUAUAGCAGUAAGCGUGCCGGCCAGUACGUCUUUAAACAAUUUUGGUGAAUAAGUGCGAUCGCCUAAAGAGCAGUACAAAUUUGGUUGGGUCUAUGUUUUGACGAGAAUUGUUAAGGCAUGACGAUUCUCAGGGCAGAUGCAGUAUGAUGCGUUGGUUGCCGUUAUUCAUUAGAGUAGCUUGUUGGGCAAGUUGGUAGCUAUUCAUUACAAAAUAUAAAGACGCCAAAUAGA